UCUUCCCUCCUCUGUGUCUCUCGCUCUCGCUCGCUCUUCCCGGCUCGGCGGCCGUUGGUUGCGGCAGGGAGGAAGCAAGAUGGCGGCGGCGGGCGGCGACUGCGACGUGAUCAUGGCUCCCGCGGCGGCCUCCGUCCCGCACCCUGAGGCGCCGGGGAUGUUCGGCGACGAGGACGAGGACGCGGGGACGCGCAGGGAGGCAGAGUCCUUCAAGGAGCAAGGAAAUGCCUUUUAUGCCAAGAAAGACUACAACGAAGCAUACAACUACUAUACAAAAGCCAUAGAUGCGUGUCCCAGCAAUGCCAGUUACUAUGGAAACCGAGCAGCCACGCUGAUGAUGCUGGGCAAGUUCCGGGAGGCCCUCGGGGACGCCCAGCAGUCUAUCAGGAUGGACGAUAGCUUUGUGAGGGGACACCUUCGGGAAGGCAAGUGCCACCUCUGCCUGGGGAACGCCAUGGCCGCCAGCCGCUGCUUCCAACGAGCUCUAGAACUAGAUCACAAAAACGCACAAGCACUGCAAGAGCUGAACAAUGCCAGGACCGUCCUGGAAUACGAGAAGAUUGCAGAAGCGGACUUUGAGAAGCGAGAUUUCCGGAAGGUGGUCUUCUGCAUGGACCGUGCAUUAGAGUUUGCCCCUGCCUGCCACCGGUUCAAAAUCCUCAAAGCAGAAUGCUUAGCGUUACUAGGUCGCUAUCCUGAAGCACAGUCAGUUGCAAGUGACAUCUUACGAAUAGACGCCACAAACGCCGACGCCCUCUACGUCCGAGGGCUCUGCCUUUACUACGAGGACUGCAUCGAGAAGGCCGUGCAGUUCUUUGUCCAGGCGCUGAGGAUGGCCCCAGACCACGACAAGGCCUGCAUUGCUUGCCGUAAUGCCAAAGCACUGAAAGCGAAGAAGGACGACGGCAACAAGGCUUUCAAGGAAGGGAAUUACCAGCUAGCUUUUGACCUUUAUACAGAGGCCCUGGCGAUAGAUCCAAACAACAGGAAAACCAACGCCAAACUCUACUGCAACCGGGGGACGGUUAACUCCAAACUUAGGAAACUGGACGAAGCGAUAGAAGACUGCACAAACGCCAUCCGACUGGACGACACGUACAUCAAGGCCUACCUGAGGAGAGCACAGUGUUACAUGGACACGGAGCAAUUUGAAGAGGCCGUAAGGGAUUAUGAAAAGGUUUACCAGACAGAGAAGACAAAAGAACACAAGCAGCUCCUCAAGAAUGCUCAACUGGAACUAAAGAAAAGCAAAAGGAAAGACUAUUACAAGAUCCUGGGGGUGGAUAAGAGUGCCUCUGAAGAUGAGAUCAAAAAGGCAUAUCGGAAGCGGGCUCUGAUGCAUCACCCAGGCAAUGAAGCGCAUAACCAAGCAUACAUGGGAAAGUGA